GAUCAUCCUGGCCCGGGCCAACGCGAAGCGAGGAACCGGGGAUUCCGUCUGUACCCCCUUUCUGUCAAACACCUUUAAUACCCAGUACCCUCCUGAUCCGGAUCUCUAGAGUCCCACCUUUCAGCCUCUAAAUUACCGGACCCGUUAACCGUGGCUGUGUGCUCGGUGUCACGUUUAAGGACUGUCGGACAAACCAGCUCCUGGUCUGAGGAGCACUGCUGCAGCCUUGCGUCAAAGCCAGCUAACGCUAAACCGGGGUAGGACAAGUCAGCAAUAAAGACCGGUAUCAGCCACGUUACCUCGAGUCAGCCAGACCAGCAGACGGGGUUAUUUUUGGCACGGUCGGCUGUGCGUGCACAUGAGGUAGUCCAGCAUCUAGACCUGUCAGUGUUACAGAAAAACCACCAGACAGGCAAUCCGGUUUUUAUUUAUAGGGAUUGCGUUUCAUCUGAUCCGCUAUUUAAAACCUGAAGACUACAGAAACAGGACACCUCGGUUAAUCGACUUAUAUUAAAGGGGGCCUCACAGCUCUCAUAUGAGGCCCAGCUGAAAAGAUGGACCUGAAUUUUUAUUCGGAUUUAACGGAUGGUACCGGGCAGCACGACGGGGAUCCAGAGUUCCUGGAUCCGCAGUCAUUCAAUGGAUUUGACACAGACAACAAGGCUUUAAUGUUUCAGUUCCCUGGAGGAAGUGACAACUACCUGACCAUAGCAGGGUCCAGCCAUCCCUUCCUCUCCUCUUCAGAGACCUUCCACACUCCCAGCCUCGGCGAUGAAGAGUUUGAGAUCCCCCCGAUCUCUCUGGACCCGGACUCGGCCCUCACCGUGUCGGACGUGGUGUCACAUUUCGGGGAGCUGUCGGACACCGGCCCCUCCGACAGCGUGGUGGUCUCCGGGAAUGCCGUGGUGGAAGGCGACGACCCCUCGUUCGCCUCCACCUUCGUCAGCGCGCCCUCGCAGGGGCUGGAGCACCUGAGUCUGGGGGUCAUGAACCAGUCGGGGGGAAGCACUCUGCUGGGCUCGUCUCUGGGGAUGGAUCUGGGACAUCCAAUCGGCUCUCAGUUCAGCAGCUCGUCCCCGGUCACCAUCGAUGUCCCACUUGGGGACAUGAGUCAGGGUCUGCUGGGCUCCAACCAGCUGACCACUAUUGACCAAUCAGAGCUCAGCGCUCAGCUGGGGCUCGGCCUGGGAGGAGGGAACAUGUUACAGCGCUCACAGUCACCCGACAACCCAAUGUCGGCCACGGCGUCGCCCACCAGCUCGCUGCAGGAUGACGACAUGGACGACUUCAGGAGGAGCGUCCUGGUCGAGUCGCCUGUCUCUCUGGCCGUCUCUCCCGGCGUCAUCUCCCUGGACCCGUCCCUCUCCGAGUCCCCAACUCCCAGCAUCUCUCCGGCCGUCGGACGGAAAGGAGGAGCGGGCAGAGGGAAGAAAGGGAAGACGAAGAAAGACCCAAACGAGCCGCAGAAACCCGUGUCGGCCUACGCUCUGUUCUUCAGGGACACUCAGGCGGCCAUCAAAGGACAGAAUCCCAACGCCACGUUCGGAGAGGUUUCGAAGAUAGUGGCGUCCAUGUGGGACAGCCUGGGGGAAGAGCAGAAGCAGGUUUACAAGAGGAAAAACGAAGCUGCAAAGAAGGACUACUUAAAGGCGCUGGCAGAGUACAAAUCCAGGAAAUCUUCUCAGGCUCCUAUUGAAGUCAUGGACACCUCGCCUUCGCCUCCAUCUCCAUCUCCAUCUCCGUCUCCAUCUCCAGCCCCUCCUCCCACCAUCAUAGCUUCUCCCGCCUCUGCCCUGGCUGCUCGCGCCACCCGCUCCCAGCACUACAACCCCGAGGAGAACACUAUCACCAACAUCUGCACCUCCAACAUCAUCCUGGACCUCCCUCAGGUCACCACCCGCUCCCGCACCGGCGCCAUCAAACCCCAACCUCCACCUCUCCCCGCUCCCCCUAACCCCCCCACCGUCACCAAGAUCGUCAUCAAGCACACCACGCUGCCCUCCGGUGGCGUUUCCGUCACGGCGACAGCCGCCUCCUCGCCGCGCCAGCCUCCGCCUCUGCAGCAGAUGCAGAGCACCCCUCCUCCUCCGCGGCUGCAGCAGAUGGUGCACGCUCAGGCUCCGCCCCCUCUGCAGGCCAAACCGCGAGGAGCAGGAGCGGCUGCCGCUACGGCUCCACCUCCGCUGCAGAUCAAAAUCGCCCCGUUGGCGAGGCAGACGGAAGUGCCGAUCAUUGUGACAUCAUCGGGUGACGCCUCCUCGAUGGAGGUGGGACAUGCGGGUGAUGCGGAGGCAGCGGAGGCAGAAGAAGGGAUGGAGGUGGAGGUGAACGUCGCCCCCGUCCCCAGCAUGACCCCGACCGCCAGCCUCAACGUGUGUGUGCGCGCCGGCUGCAACAAUCCGGCUGUGGACAGCAAAGACUGGGACAAGGAGUACUGCAGCAACGAGUGUGUCGCCACACACUGCAGAGACGUGUUCAUGGCCUGGUGCUCCAUCCGUGGUCAGAACUCCACCACCGUCACAUAGGGAGAAAGAAAACCGACGGAGGACUGCUACACGGGGAAGAGAACGGACAAACAAAUGACACAAGAAAUGCAAAAACAUGAGAAACUGAGGAACGAAUGAUGAAGGAUCCGGCUCAGGUAUCGGCCCAGAACAGAACAGUUUGUCUUAUCAUGGGAGGAAUGAGAACAAAGAGGGGGAACAUUUGAAAGCUACUACGCUUGAUGAUUCUGUGAUUGAUUAAACGCCCUGGCGCCCUCAUACUCGGGGAUUUCAUCUCACAGCGAGGACAGACGGAUGAAGACAUAAGGAGACUUGCCUCCCUCAGACGUCCCCACUGAUCAUCUCUUCUGUGAUUUGAAGACUCAGACUUUCUAUGAAUAUAAAAUUGGAUCAUUUUCUACAGACUUCUGGUGUUUUUAAUUAUGAGGACAAAAAGAAGCGCAGGAAGUCACGCUCCUGCAGAUGAACUCGGUUAAUUUUAUUUAAAUAACUCGGCCUCUUUUGAGUUUGCUCUUCCCUUUACUGUUACAUCAAAAAUGAAAUCUGAGAAUCCUUUUUUGUGUCAUUUUUUUCUUGUAAACGGGUCGGCGGCUGCUUCACGGUACAGACGAACAACAACUGGACAAAGCACAAACAGUCGUGGAGUCAUGAAGCGGCGGGGUUGAACAUGUCAGGUGUCAAACGAGUUUCCUCCUGAAGCUCGCCAAAAGACUAAAGCUAGCGUCAUUCAUACGGUUUGAAUGUUUCUGAACAGGUGCUAAAAUUCAGGAAAGGAAAUCGCUCUAUCGUUCUCUCUGCUUUCAUCUCUUCCUGAAACACCCCGCCACAAUAAGAGCAUUUUUUAAUACGUGGUGCAUAUUUUGUUUUAUGACAAACAUUUGUGGUGAAAUGUGUUUGAGGAUAACAAAAAAAAAAAGUAAAGAAAAUAUAUGAAUGAACUAAAACACACCAGCUUCAAUAAUACUUCAGUGAGGGGAAAGGGAAUACAGAACUCAAGCUUUACUUUUCAAAACAACACUGUUUUAAUUUAAGAAACUGCUGUCAGGUCUGCUAAAUUAUGGAGGAAGGGACGCUCAUGUCUCCAAAAUAAUACUGUUCACAGUCGCAGAGAAGAUCAUGCUGGUUGAUUGUAGAUAUCCUGGAAAUGUUUGUAAUUGUGAAAUAAAAUAUUUUAUGUUUUAAUACA